AUGGGAUGAGAAGAGAGAAGUGUCCUGCACUGCAAAUGGCCUCCUGCUCGACAUUUAUUGUUUGGUAGUCUGGAGUCACCUUUGGUGGAUGAAGAAGGUUGAUGACUCUAAGAUGUUUGACAGAAUCAAACCAUCUGAUGAAGCUUCUGCUUCUUCAGCACAAGGAAUUGAAAGACAUGGUGUCGAAGGCUCUCUACAACAGGACAGCAAUAGCAGUGUUCACACAAGAGGGCGAGAGCAUCCUCGGCCUGGAGUAUCCACAGUGCAAAAUAGACAAGGAUACUGCAACUGUUGCCAUGUACACUACAGUAAUCUGGAACAGCAUGUUUUCAGCUCCCAGCACAGACAUUUUACCACUUACUGUAGGAAUCGUAUGGGUACGAGUAGCCUGAUGGAGCGCUUCCUUCAAGAUGUUUUACACCAUCAUCCCCACAGAUACCAUGACAACAGACCAACCUAUGAUGACAUGCCACUCCCUGUCACUCCAGAGGCUGCUAGGAUUGCUUGCCAGUCCCCAGAAGAGAUGAAGAAAAAGAGGAACACAGACAGACAGGAGAUUUCCGGCAAAGACCAGGAGUCCAUUGGUGAAAUAUGCUCUUCUGCUCCCUGCCUGUCUCAUGAGGGCACAAAGAAAACUUCUGUAACACAAGCAUUUAUUCAAAAGCUAGAAAGAGGGCAGGAAUAUGCUGUAAGAAUACCGCAGCAGUCUGUGGGCAUUUGUAGCAAUGAGAAAUGGGAUGCCCUGAAAGAUGCUCAAAUUGCAAAUCAGAGCCACGAAGGCCAGUUUACAGCUGUGAGCCCUGUACCUCAGCCUUUUUCUGUCAGUCCUAUAAUCCAUAGGUCUUCUGUUAAUCCGAAAACAGGAAAAAACGUUAGGAAUUUGGCAGCAUCAAGUCCGAUUCCACGUAGAGGAUGUGAUAAAACAGGAGUGGAGGUAUGCAAUAGUGAUGUGUUACUGAACCCAUGCUUGAAUCCUGCUCCGGCACUGGUUCACCAAAAACGCCCUUCAGUUUCUCAUCAGAAUCCUAUGUGCAGCUACAGCAGUUCUUUACCUAUUACCUCAGGUCAAUCUCUCUCAAAACGAGAUGGUUUACGAACUCAGGAUGAAACUUUGGUGUCUGAUUUCCAUCUCAGGGAUACUGUGGGUAUCAGCAGCUCCCUACAUCUUGGGACGUCCCCACAACUAGCAAGAUGCAAAAACAUGACAACGAACAAAGGUGAUGAAAGUUCAGUGGAUGAAACCAUUGAAGAUGUUAUCUUGAAAUACUGCCAUGGAACUACGUCUGAAGAAAUUUAUUUCAAAGAAGAGAAUAAACCCUAUUUAACUUUUUCAUCACUUCUGGACCAUACUUAUUUAGAGAGUUCUGAAAUGAGUUUUGACUGUGAUGCACCUAUUCAGGCACGAACAGACUUACCCAAGGCAGCUAUAAAAGAUAUAGAAUUCUUAAAAGAGGUCCAAAUAAGUUUGCAGGAUAAAGACUAUGGAACACAGCUCUCUUCUGUUUUAAAAAGUGAGUCAGUGGAGAAAAUAGUGAAACAGGAUGUCGUAGUUAAUACUGAAGAACCAGUUCUUCCAGCUCUGCCACAUGUGCCUCCUUCUUUUGUGGGAAAGACUUGGUCUCAAAUUAUGUAUGAAGAUGAUAUAAAAAUUGAAGAACUUGUGCGUGAUUUCAGGGAGGGUCGUUUUCGCUGCUACUUUGACAGUGAAUCCUCAGCCAACUGUAUAGGGAAGAGAGUGAAGAAAAAAAAGCAGAAGGAUGAAAAAAAGAAUGUGGUUGAGGGUAAUAGAACAGAAGGAGCAUCAGUUAAAGCGUUGCCAGAAUUUAAUGAUGCUUUAAGUGGUGGCUCUGAUUUUGAUAACCCAUCUUUAGCCUCAGAUACACUAUGCAACCCACAAAUUCUUAAAAUGCCUAGGAAAAGGACAUGGCGCCUGGCUUCAAGGUGCCAGGUGGUUAAAGUCAGCCAUGGCACCCAAACAAGUCUAUUGAACUACCCUGUAGCAAAAAGAAAAAUGUCUAGAAGGCAAUCUGAUCCAGCUGAUCAGAAAGCAAGCAUCAUGUGGCCAGAGAAUGAAAAAACUCCAAACAUGAAAACUAGACUAUGUGCCCUUAAACUUCCUGAGUCCUAUAGCAAGAUUAUGAGUCCUGUACAGCCCAAGACAGUGGUGUAUGUACUUUCGUGCCCAGAGAUAAAACAAUGUAAAGGUAAACCUAUAGAUAUUCCCAAAAUGAGGAAAAAUCGUAACUCCACAGAUAGCAAGGACUCUGUAAGGUAUAAAUACAAACAGUGUUCUUUGAAGUAUUAUGACCCACUGACAAAUCGAAUUCUGAAAACGCCUCCAAAGAGUACAGUUGGAGAAAAAGCCAAAAAGCCCUCCCACGUUCGACAGCUUUUCAGAAGUCUCAGCUUCGAUGCAAACAUGAGGAAACUAGCUGAUGCACAGAGAGAAAGCACGCCAUCAAAGUCACUCAAUUGGUCGGACUUCUAUAGUUCAUCUUCAGCGUCUUUCUUGCCAGAUCCAGGUAAAGGGAAUGAUGCAGCCUUGAGUCAAAAGGCAGAUGGAUCUUCUGUUUCCACUGAAAGAACAGAUUGUCUGGUAUCUGGUCACUCUGAGAACUCUUUUAAACACCUCAUCAUUUCACCUUUGAACUCUCACCAGUCUGCAGUAGAAGGAGAUGGUAGAUUAACUCCAUUUAACAGAGUUACCAAAACUCCUCUGACCUCCAUCAGGAGUGAGCGUUUAGAGAGGGAGAAUCCAAAGGCAAUAUGGAAGAAAAAAGAAGGCACCAAUAAAGAACCAGUUUUUUCCAGAAAGGCUGCAGGACCUCUGUCUGUCAGAUGUGCUGUUGGGAUGAGAGGAAGCAGAGUAACCACAGGCAAACAAACUUCUAGAACUAAAAAACAGCAAAAAGAGGGGAUGAGGAGAAAUCUUCGUCCUCGUGCCCAGAAGUCUUCUGCUUUCUCCAUCCAUAGGUGCCAGACAAGAAAAACUACAGUGGGAAAGCACCUUAAGAAAGAAAAGCCUGAUGCUAAAAAAUUAAAUAUGAGGAGGAAACCAAAAAGGACCUUUCUGAACUCAACAGUUGUCACAGGGAUUCCUGAAAAGAGGCAGAAAGUCACAUCAGAAUCUUUUCCCAAGAAGCCAGAGCGAGCUUCAUCCAAAGUCAGGAACUGGGAAGUAAGUGGAGAUCGGGGUCACCCUAGCACUGUGAACCAACCCUCUAAAAGAACUUCUGCUGUACCGUUACUUCGAAACUGUCUUGUUCUACCAG